AGAGGAGAGGAAAACAAGCAACUUCCAGCGCAGCAUUCCCCCUCCUAUCCCAAGUGCAGGCAACCUGGAGCAAUGGGGAGCCCCCUGCGCCCGCUGCAGCCCGGCCUGUGACCCCCGUCACCUGGAGCUUCAUCACCACCGGGGGGAGGGGAGUGGGACAGGUAAGCCCACCAGAGCAGGCUGCCUGCAUGGGAUGCACUGUGAGCUUCAUCUGCUGUGAGGAGGACCCCCUAUACAUGUCAGCGGACCCCAAACAUGAGCACACAAGCAUGGAGGAAAAGGCGAAACUUCUCCCUAAGCCGGAAGAUCUGGAAGGGCAGAACUGUCAUACAUUCAAAAUAAAGAACUUUAAGAAGGUGAAGUCUUGCAGCGUCUGUAAGCAGGCCAUCACCCGGGAGGGCAGCGCUUGUAGAGUCUGCAGACUGUCAUGUCACCGCAAGUGUGAAGCCAAGAUUACGUCCCCUUGCACGCCUCGUGUCAAUUACGAGCUGCCAAUCAGCACAGAGAGCCCACAGAAGAAUGUAGACACGACGGGCUCCACCAAGUCCUCCAGAAGUAGCCAGUCCCGCCGCAGACCAUCCAGGAGCUUGAGCUUGAUGCACACCAUGGAGGACAGCUGUGAGUUGGAUCUCAUCUAUAUCACAGAGCGGAUCAUCUCCGUCACCUUCUCUGCAGGGACAGAAGAGGCCAACUUCUGCCGAAACCUCAAGGAGGUGGCACAUAUGCUGAAAUCCAAACAUGGGGACAACUACCUGAUCUUCAAUUUAUCCGAGAGAAGACAUGACAUCAGCAAGUUACAUUCUAAGGUGCUGGAUUUUGGGUGGCCAGACGUGCACGCCCCAGCACUCGAGAAGGUCUGCAGCAUCUGUAAAGCAAUGGACACCUGGCUGAACGCUGAUCCUCACAACGUGGUCGUCAUCCACAAUAAAGGGAACCGUGGACGGACUGGUGUGGUCGUUGCAGCAUACAUGCACUACAGCAAUAUAUCUGCCAGUGCAGACCAGGCCCUGGACAGAUUUGCCAUGAGACGGUUUUACGAAGAUAAAGUUCUCCCCGUUGGUCAGCCGUCCCAGAAAAGGUAUAUCCAUUAUUUCAGCGGUCUGCUGUCCGGGGCCAUCAAGAUGAAUAACAAACCGCUGUUUCUCCACCACGUCAUCAUGCACGGGAUCCCAAACUUUGAGUCGAAAGGAGGAUGUCGACCGUUCCUGAAGAUCUAUCAGGCCAUGCAGCCCGUCUACACCUCCGGAAUAUACAACGUGCAAGGAGAUAGUCAGACCAGUAUCUGCAUCACCAUAGAGCCGGGGCUGCUGCUUAAAGGCGACAUCUUGCUAAAAUGUUACCACAAGAAGUAUCGCAGCCCGACACGUGACGUCAUAUUCCGCGUGCAGUUCCACACAUGCGCCAUCCACGAUCUGGGGGUUGUGUUUGGGAAGGAAGAUUUGGAUGAAGCGUUUAAAGAUGAAAGGUUCCCAGAAUAUGGGAAAGUGGAGUUCGUCUUCUCUUACGGUCCCGAGAAGAUACAAGGGAUGGAACAUUUGGAGAACGGCCCGAGUGUCUCUGUUGACUAUAACACUUCUGAUCCGCUGAUCCGUUGGGACUCUUAUGAUAAUUUCGAUGCGCAUCGGGAGGAUAGUCUGGAAGAACUUGGAAGAAAUUGUACGAUGCAGGAUGAUGAAAACGUUCAAUAUCAUGAUAAAUAAUGCAGCUCAUCGGCU